AAAAAGGUACAAUUGGCCAUCGCACCAAGCCACUAGCCCAGCCAAAAUCGGAUUUUUCACCUUAAAAAGCCUAGUUACCUUAACCAACUUUGACAACGCGAUGAAGAAUGCAGUGGCGCGUGUUUACCCUGAUGCAGACCCUCAAAUCUGUAUUUUCCACAUCAACAGUAUCAUACUCGGAGCCGUGCCAACGUGGGAAAAGCAGUCCCCGGCCCCCCUGCAGCCCUCCACCGGCCAGUUCAGUAUGCAGUACGGCGUGCCGUGCAGUCAUGACCUUGUUGAACGAUAUAUGCAUGGCCGGCCCCGCAUUGAACAGGGCAUGGAAGUAUAUGAGCUUCUACGAAUUCGACCGUGUUACUCGCCUACGGGGCAGGCCGCGAGGCUCGACCGCAUUCGCCCCGGACCCCCGAGCUCCCCGGUCUACGGCUCCGUUGUCCACAGAGCCGUCGACAACGGCACCGACACAGACCCCGACAGCCACAUCGACUGGCCGGGCAAGCGGCUUGAAUCCUUCCAUUCGCCAGCAGCCCUCAGUAUAGGAGGGUGUCAGCCUACAACAGGAAGACAACAAGGACAACAAGGACCAAGAAAACACCAUGGAAAUCCUCCUGCGCAGGCACAACGAACUGUGAAUGGGCUCACAGUACCGCCUGCUCGCGGCGGCCGCGGCGGUAAGGCACAGGGAACCCGGGCAACA